GCUCUGCCCGCUUACCGCCCGCGACGGAGAGGGAAAAGGAGAACACUUCCUCUAGGAACCCCUUCCGCUUCCGGGGGGAGGCCUGCCUGGCGGCCGCGAGAGCAAUGCCUCAUCCUCGGAGCGGGGAGGGUCGGCCGAGAGACGCGGCGGCGGCGGCGGCGCUUGCGGGUAGGAGGGAAGCCGGGCGGGCAGGGGAGGGGAGAGGUGACGACGACCCCGCCUCCCCUCUCCCGGCCGGGCUUUCACUCCCCAACUCUCCCGCAGGGCCCCCCGGUGGCGUCCUCGGCGGCGGCCUGGGCACUCUCGGCCUGGUGGCCCCCCGGCUUUUGGCCUCCUGGGACGACUCGGCGGCGAACCAAGAGCAGCGGCGGCGGCAGAUCAUGGAGCAGCUGGAGGAGGAGGAGGCGGCGGAGGAAGAGGCCUACGCCCGCCACCGAGCCUACGUGGAGAUGGGACAGAAAUGCCCAGACAUGGAUGGAGAACCUUGCUGGUACUGUGACGAUGAAGCCAGUGAGGACUACAGCUAUGAGGACUGGGAGGGCUACGAGGAGCCGGAGGAGGAGAAGGCCCAGAAUGGCGGGUCAGCCACAUUCUGUGGCUUCAAGAAAUCCUUCCUGUGCAAGCCUUCUGUGCCUGCCUCCUCAGCCCCCAGCAAUCAAGACUGCCCUCUGCUGGGCAUUUCUCUGCCCCAGAAACAGCAGCUUACAGCUGAGGAAGCAGAGAGGAACGCUGAGGAGCUUGUUGCCACAGAGGAGCGCCUCAAGAAGAAGGCUGAGAAGAAGAGGAUGAAGAAGAGGAGGCAAAAGGACAGGAAGAGGCAGGAGAAGCGUGACCAGGAGUUGAAGGAAAAGAGCAAAGCUCAGGUUGAUAAAUCUUCACACAGCAGUGGCUUGCAAGAUCCUGAUUGCUUGGCUGCCAUGCCGAGUGCUUUGGGGUCUGCCCCUCCGGAUUCAGAGGAGGGCUCCACUCAGGACCCCAGCGAGAAUCUGACCUCCCCAGGCAGGAGCCCCAGCAGGAGCCUGGAGGAGGAGACUGACGUGAGUGAGGAGCUUGAUUUGAGCAGCACCUUUGUAUCAAAAGCACGUCUCAAGGUGGGCUGUAAGCCUCUGCCGCCUCCGUUGCCACCACUGAGAAAGGAGAAGACGGCCAGGCCUGAGAGGAAGGAGCUGGCGAGCAAAGGGCAGCAGCAGGUUCCGAGGUCCGGGCUCCAGAUGACUGCUGUGGAGCAAAGCAUGGUGCUGGCAGAUUGUGGGAACGAGACUGCAAAACAGGGGGGCUAUCAGGAGGCCGUGCUCCUCUUCACAGAGGCUGUCAAGUUGAAUCCCCGGGAAUACAGGUUCUUUGGGAAUCGUUCAUUCUGCUACGAGAGGCUGCAGUGUUACCCCAAGGCCCUGUGUGAUGCCCAGCUUGCCCUCAGCCUGCAGCCUGGCUGGCCUAAAGGCCUCUUCCGCAAAGGCAAGGCCCUGAUGGGCCUCAAGCGUUAUGUGGAAGCUGCAAGAACCUUUGAGGAGCUCCUGCAGUUUGAUGGUUUCCGUGGUGAUGCCGCCAUCCAGCUCGAGAAGUGCAGAGUUCAGCUUCUGCUGGAAAAUGGUUUCAGCCACUAUCCUCCCGAGUGGAAUAUCCUCGCCAGAGAAGCCCAACGGUCUGUGGCUGGCGAGCAGCAAGGUGGGCGACCUUUAGCCAGCAGCAACUCCCAGACAGCAGCUGGACGCUUGGUAUCAGCCACUAUCACCAACUCGCUGGGCAAAGCGCUUCUGGCCUCAGCCGCACAAAUCCCCGUCAGGGAGUGGUUUGCCGUGUGGGUGGGGAACCUCACGCCGAACAUCACCCAGGAGGUUCUUCUGCGCUGCUUCCAGCCGUUUGGGCCCAUCGAUUCCAUCCGCUGCCUCCCUCGGAGGUUCUGUGCCUUUGUCAACUACACACGCAAGGAAGCGGCUGAGGCAGCCUAUGCAGCAUUGCAGGGUGUUGAAGUGGAAGGAAGCAAACUCGUUCUGCAGCUGAAGCACCCAGUGCAUGCCACUCCACCCCCUGCCAAGGUGCCCAGCGGCAUCCAGCAGCAGCCUCUGAAGUGGGAGGCACUCCAGGCACCCUCUGCCUUUCUGGGCUCCUCUUGGCUCCACGGCCUUGGACACCUCCCUCAGUGAAAAGCCUUGGAUCAGAAGCUGCCGCACCUGUGACCAGAAAUCCUGGCUGGACUUUUUCUGGAGGAAGAUGCCGUCUCUUUCCUGUAUGAUGGGCACGCUGUGCCCAGCUCAGGUGCCUGUGGGAGCCACCGAGACAGAUGGCCGGGCAUGUUAGAUUGGGGAGCUGUGGCGGUUGCCUCCCCCAGGCCUGCCACAUCCCAGUCCCUCUCCCGCCAUCCACGGAAGGUGGCUUUCUGGAGAUCUCUCUUCCUACCUGUGGUGUGGGACGGCCACAUGCCAGCCCUGCCGUUCUCCAGCUUACACAGUGGACACAGCAUGGAAGGGGAGGCAGCACAAUGGGGGUGCUCUGCCUGCUGGCUCUGCCCUCCAGCUGCCGAAUGGGGGUGCUCUGGGGGGCCCUCCCCCACCCAGGCAGGAGGUGUCUGCACCCUUAUCUGGAGUGAUACACCUGCGGGCAGUCACCUUCUCUCUUCCUCCCCCCCCCAGGUAUUCUGCUGCCUCUGUGGGGCUGAAGCACUCCUCUGCUACUGUUGCAUAGGUACACCUAACUCCCCCCACACCCAUUUUGGAGGGAGGAGCUGAGCCAGGAUAUUCACAAAAGUCCCCUGUGGUUGGUCCUGUUGAGAAAAGGGAGGGAAGCGUGUGCUUGUGUUGCUCUCCCUGUGAUCUUAGUGUGGGCCUGCCCCUGCAGAUAUGGUGGGUCAGAGGUUCCCUCGUUUGUGGUGCCCAGAAGACACGGGGUGUUCUUUCCUCCCCCCCCCCUUCAGUUCUGCUCUGUGUUCAGGAAUUUGGGCUCUGCCACCAUUGUUUUUAGACUGUUCACAAUAAACUCAUAAAAAACCUA